ACGAGUGAAGUGAGGCCUCACCGACAACAAAACGAUAGCAGCCAAACUUAAGUUUGAAGUGUUCUCACCGCGAAGCGUUGAUUCAUAGUGAAAGUGCUAAUAAUAAGAAACGCUCUGUGAUAUCUGAUCUUGUACGCGUUAUGUAUGUCGCGUUGUGAACAGUUCCAUGCCACCAUGAGUUCCCGCGAUACCAGUGGGACAGUGUUCAGCAACCGUAUGGCACUGCACCAGCAGCAUCUUCAGCCACAUAAUCUCGCACGUUCGCGAGAGUCAAGUAUGGGUGUGGGGGAGACACAGAAAGUGCCAAGAAUAUUACCCCACGGUUCAUCCAUCAUGGGGCAAAGCAUCGGUGAAAAUGGUGCCAAGCGAUCGACACCCUCAGCCGACCCGGAAGUGGGUACGGUCGGUGGUGUAGUGAUGCGUAAUCGUGUGAUUGAUUUGGAUAAGAAUCGCAUCAAGUGCAAUCGGAACCGGAUUUGGUCAAGGCCCUCAAGUUUCUUGAGCUUCUUCAAACAGUCGCUCGGUUCGUCGAACGGUGCAACAGGUGGCGGAGGUUCUUCGAAUUACACUGAAAAUACUCACAAAUGCUCAAGAAGCAAUGUGUCCGCUUCGGGCGAUGUUCCGCAUUCUUCGUCCAGCAUAAUAUCGUGCGGUGAAUCUACCGUGGACAGCGGUGAUACAAAGGUAACCAAUGGACAACGACUCGAUCUGAACAUGAUCCGCAAGCUGGAGGAGGAGAUUUACAAGCGCGGCCGUGAACAGCGACCCGAUGCGGAAGCGAAAGAUUUUCACGAGUUUUAUUUCAACAAUCGGCGGCAUUCAGGUGGCGACCGGAAGACAUUUUCCAGCGACACGUCCGCCUUCAAUGGGGACAAUCAUCGGGCGGUCCUGCUGGUAGAUCCGAACGCGCUCGAACCGAUACUGUUGAAGCGCCCACUCAGCACAGGUGAAACGCGACUGCUGACGAGCGAUGAGGCAACGGACGCACAGGGCAAAGGUGCAGACCAACCGGUGUUGCAUCAUCCGGGAGGAGGUAACAAAUCGAUCAUCAUUGUCGAUAACUCGGAAUACUAUCCGGUGUUAAUGCGGUACGACAUCAACGCCGACCAGAUCGACCGGCAGCAGCUACAGCAGCAGCAGUACCGUCGCAACAGGACGGAGAUGCUUAAAAUAGACACCAAAACACCUCCCGUGGCCCAGCACAAGAGCUCUGUUGCGCCAAUCAAGCGUCCGUCUGGGACGGACAUCGCAACGUCACCGACCGCCGGGGGUUUCCCGAUGAAAAGCGACGAAAAGUUGUCAUCGUUCACCUCCUCCUCGCUGUCGUCCUCUUUGAGCGGUGCGACAUCGUCGAGUGUAGAGCUACCGACACCCCCCCUCAUCCUCCUGAGGGAAUGCUCCGAACCGAACGGUGGCACCAUUCCAAAGCACCGUCCUCCGCUGAGCUUGGUCCAGCUACCUGCCAGCUCGAGCGGAGGUCGAGGGAAGAAACAGCUGCAGCAGCGAACAGCGAAUCUAUUCCAACGCUUUCUUCAGCACCGCCGCAGUCUGAACCUUUCGGUGCGGCGCAAACGAUUCCGACCUACGCACGAGUGUGCUCAUUUCAAGAACACGGAAGUCCCACUUGGACGAGCGCACUGGGCGGAUGUCAUCCUCGGCAGUUCGACGAGCGGCAACGCGCGGUCCUCCGGUAACAAGAUGAAAUUUGAGUAUCUCAAACGCAUGGCCCGGUACGACUGUGAGGCUGGAAUGACAAAUGUUGGCUACGAUCGGCAUGCUUGUACGCGGGCCACCGGAUCGCUGCGGCGCCGCACGGCGAGCGAACCCGAUUUAGUGUCACGACAGAAUUGGAAAAGUGAUGGCUUUGUGCAGCAUCUUCAACACCAGCAUCGCGCGCUGUACUGGAGCACCGGUGAUCUGGGCAGUCUCGGGCGCAUGGUGGAGCUGGGAAAGAACUUUGAAAACAUUUUCGACAGUACCAGCGACAACCUUUCCGCCCGGCUGUCGGCCGCUGUGAUGUCCAGCUCAAGUUCCUCCUCGGUACCGCUGUCGGGGUCGGGUUCGCUUUCCUCCUCGACGACCGCUUCCUCCAUGGGUAGUACCUCCAGCCAGCGGAUGCUGCAACGUCGUCUAGCGGCUGCCCUGCUCAAGUCUACCCAGCAUCAUCACCACCAGCACAGCAAACCUCCAAUAUCUUGCCCAUCGGCUGGAAAUUCUGGUUCGUCCAAUUCCUCAUCGUCUCUGGUGGUUUCGUCCGGGGCGCCGCCCAAUGGUGGUAACUUCCUGCGCAAAAAAUCCUCCUCCUUCCGGGGCGUACUCCGGCGCUCAAACACCCCGGAUGUGGUCAAUACCUGGGUAUAUCGCAAAAGCUACGAUGGCUCUGGAAACGGUUUAGGAGAGCCCCCGUACCACCGGGGGCACGGUAGUCCACACGCCUCGCCAUCGCGGUACUCCUACAACAACACUGCCAAAAGCCCGCUGCAGCAUUGGCGUACGUCUAGCGCCGGUGCGUCCGACUUCAAACGCAACUCACGUCUCCGCAGUUCGGCGAACGCGGCCGUACCCGGUGCGACCGGACAACAUCAACAUCAUCACAACAUGGUCGAUCUGAACGUUCCCCGUGGCCAUUCGCCACACUUCAGCCCAUCCCGACAGACGACACAAACCGGAGACACGCAAACGCUGCACGUCUACCUGCCGAACCAUGGCUUCCGGAUGAUUCGCUUCGACGAAGCAUCGGAUGUGCGGCAAAUUAUCAACAUCAUCGUCGGAUGGUUGUCGCCGGGUCAGAAACCAAACCCGCAAAGCUAUGCGCUUCGGCUGCGCCACAUGCUUACCAAAGAGGUCCUAUGGAUGCCACCGGACACGUCGAUGUCGCAGGUGAUGGCCCACAUCUUCAACCCAUCGUGCAGCAAUGCCGACUGCCCGAACGUGGACAAAAGCACGAUCGCGAAGCGCAUGCAGCAGAAGACGAGUGGUGCGGUCGGGCAUGCGAACAGCGUGUGGAAGGCGGAACUGCGCGUCCGCUACAUACCGAAAAACCUGAAGGAGCUGUAUGAGCGCGAUCGCACCACGUGUCACUUCUAUUUCGACCAGGUCAAGCAGGACUACAUCCAGUCGAACGUGCCGAACAUCGAUCCGGAGAUCGCGGUACAGCUGUGCUGUCUCGGCAUACGGCACUACUACAAAGACACUAACCAUACCUCGAACGACCGGAAGCAGCAUCUCGACUACAUCGAGAAGGAGAUGGGCUUCGGCAACUUCAUACCGAAAUCUGUGAUAGAUACCAUUAAACAGAAGAAUCUGAAAAAGCAAAUCCAGGCUGGCUACAAGAAGGUGUACAGCUACAGCGAGAUGGAGUACAUGCUCAAGUUUUUCGAUCUCCUACGCACACAGUACACCUUCGACCAGGAACAGUUCAACGUGCAGCUGAGCAGCAGCUGGAACAUCCGUGUCGAUCUCAUCAUCGGACCGCACGUCGGUAUCUCGUACUCGGUCAACCCGCAGGCACCACCGACCAAGGUGACCGAUUUCGAGAGCAUCGAGCGCAUCACUACCAGUAUUCUGCCGACGUCACUCACCAAAAGUGAUCACCAAGGGCUCUCCGGUAGUGCUAAGGGUGCGAAGGGAAAGGAUCAGCCGGACCUAACGAGCUCCUGUGGAAGUAACUCGUCCGGCGAUGGUGACAAGAGCAAGAAGGACGGCAAGAAGGGUUCCUCCUCGAGUUCCACGGGCAGCCAAUGCGCAUGCGGGGAUAUCAAAACUCAGCUGCGGAUUCGCGUUAGCGGCAACAGCGAGGAUCUGGCGAUCACGUGUGAUGGCAUUAAGACUUCCGAAAGUAUAGCCGAUCUAGUCGAUGGUUACUGUAGAUUAUUUAACAAUAACGAUAACAGUCUGUGGGAUCGUACCGCUGUACCGAAGGCGGGUGGGACAGGUUCUGCCACACCACCAACCAGCAACAGUGCGACCAAUUCGCUGGAAAAGAGUCAGCUGAAGAAAAGUCUCACAGAAUCGCAGACAUCUUCCUGCGACAGGCACGGUUCGCGAUCGUCCAGUGCCGAUCGUCUCAAUGGUGGCAAUAACGAGCAAUCCGAUAUGAGCACUUCAAGUGUGCAAGGCGGCGGCCAGCAGCAGCCACCAAAACCCACGCUCAACGAGGAUUACGCGGAGCUGGGCAUGUGCGAUGAGGAAGGUGACUACUCCACACCGGCCGCACGCGAUUACGAGCUCGAUCGGUCGCAAAUAACGCUCAACGAGAUUAUCGGUGUGGGACAGUUCGGUGAUGUGCACAUCGGUACCUGCCGGUUGCCCAACAAGUCCACUUUAGUUAGCAAGCUAAACCAAUCAUUGACGUCUGAGUUCGACGAGUACUCACAGAUGGUGAUGGAUAAUGGUAAUGCGGACGCCCAGAAGACUGGUAUCAUCCAGGUGGCCGUAAAGACGUGCAAACCGGACGCAGACACGACCACGUCCGAGAAGUUCCUGCAAGAAGCAUACAUUAUGAAGAAGUUUGAGCAUCCACACAUCAUCAAGCUUAUCGGUAUAUCCAGUGGUCCACCGAUUUGGAUCGUCAUGGAAUUGGCCCGCCACGGGGAACUGCGAGCGUAUUUAAAGAAGAAUGGUCCCAAACUUAAGCUUGGCACACUGUUGCUCUACUCCUACCAACUGUCGACAGCGCUCAGUUAUCUGGAAUCGAAGAAGUUCGUACACCGUGAUAUUGCCGCUCGCAACGUGUUGGUCAGCUCUCCAACUUGUAUAAAGCUUGCCGAUUUUGGACUCUCAAGAUGGGUUGAAGAUCAAUCGUACUACACUUCCACCAAAGGUAUGCUUCCGAUCAAGUGGAUGGCACCGGAAUCGAUCAACUUCCGCCGUUUUACAACCGCUAGCGAUGUGUGGAUGUUUGGGGUUUGCACGUGGGAAAUACUCAUGCUUGGCAUUAAACCAUUCCAAGGUGUUAAGAAUUGUGAUGUUAUUGGCAAGUUGGAGAACGGCGAACGUCUUCCCCUGCCACCGAACUGUCCUCCGCGGCUCUACUCGCUGAUGUCACAGUGCUGGUCACUGGAACCGCACAAGAGGCCCAAUUUUAAGAGCGUCAAGGAAACACUCUAUGAAAUUCUGAUGGAAGAAAGACAUAGCGAUUGUGAAACGAUGCGUCGGGAAAAUCGACGUGUAGCAGCGAUGUCCUGGGGUGCUGGAGAUGAUAUGGCACCACCAAAACCUGCCCGAGGACCUACAAUGGGAGGCGACGGUCCCCUUGUGCCGGGUGCACCCCAAACAUACAUCGUUGCCCGCGAUCCGACCGUGCUGGCAGCACUGAUGCGCGAAAAUGAGCAGCGAGGCAUCAAUCCAUCUUCGUACACGACACCGGCCUCGCAGCAACAACAACACCAAACACAGCAACCGUACUACCCGCAGGGUAAUUCGAUCGUGACCUAUCAACAGUAUCAUGCCCAGCAGCAACAGCAACAGGCACUCGCCGCUGAAUACUAUCAACAUCAGCAACAUCAGCAGCAACAGCAAUAUGUCAUGCAGCAAUCUCAGCCACAGCAAGUGGCCGGAAACUAUGUCGCGUACAGUGCUGCUCCGGUGCAGACCAUCCCGCCCAGUGGCGCUCAGGGCUAUCCGCAACCAUCGUUCGUCAAAUCACCCCAGCAGGAAGAUCAACCCGGCGGCGCAAAGUCGCGCAGUCUCGAGCGCAACGUUGGACAAAACAUAGUGUCCGCGUAUGCGGCACGCAUCAACUCGCUGGAGCGAACGCGCCAGAUGAGUAUGGAGUACGGUAGCACCGUGAAAGCGAUGCGCUCCAACUCACUCACGCGACAGUACAGCGGUGGCAACCAAUCGGAUCUGUACCCGGGCGUUGGUCAUGGGGUACGCUCAUCCAGCUUGGAACGUGGUGCCCAAAUGGUGAACGCUUCGGGUCCUGGCGGUAAUGGUGCGGGAGGCUUCAUGAAUCGUAUGGGUAGUCUCGAGCGCAAUCCACAGUCACCGUCCCAGUCGAUCUUUCUCAACUCGAUGAAGGGUGGCAGCCUGGAGCGUAACCAAUCGGCGGCGAUAGUGAACGAUAUGCUAAAUAGUAAGAUUGCCUACAAGGGUGGUAGUCUGGAGCGCAACCAGCACAUCCUGCUAACCCGUUCGGGAUCGGCCGUGGGAAGUCUCGAGCGCAAUAUGCCCUUCCAGAACUAUCGCAGCCCGGUUGCGGCUGCCCCGAAGGAGCAGGAACCGUUCCAGGAGGAAAUCUACGACUUCGGUGGUGUGAAUGUGAAAUCGUGCGCCUCGAUCGCGCUGAAAAAGAGCGUUGAGAAGGGGAUGCUACCACCGAGCUCGUUGGCCGUUUCGCCCGGGGUGUCCGCGGCGGCCGGUGCCAAUUUCGCCCUUCCGCCACCGUACAGUUCGGCCAGCAAGCAGCAACAGGCUGCAGCAAAUCAGCAGCAACAACAGCAAUUGCAAGGUACUCCGCAACGAGCUAUAUGGGGUGGCCCGACCGCUGGCAAUGUUGGAAUGCAUCCGCAAAUGUACAUGCAGCAGUCACAGGUGCAACCGGGCGGUGCAGGCAUGGGACCGAUCAUAGGGAUUGCUUCGUCCCAGCAGGUUCAGAUACCGAUGAAGAUCUCCCACAGCCAACCGAUACAGGCCCAUCAGGCGCAACCGGUACAAGCACAAGCGGUACAGCAACUGGCACCAUCGUUGGCACAAUCGGUACAACAGCAGCAGCAACAUCAACAAAUGAUCGAACACCAGCAGCAGCAACCAGCCCAGUUGCAGGAAACGCAACAACAGCUGGAGGAAAAGCUGCGCAAACAGCAGCAGGAAAGUGAAAUCGAUUCCAAAUGGUUACAGCAGGAGGAGAACAAUCUCAAGAAGCGGUUGAGUUUGAUUACGGCCAAUACCGCCAGCAUGUCGCUCGACCAACAGACGACCGGACCAUUCAUGGAGGGCAACACACCGCCUAUCAAUGGGGGUGGUGGUUCGUCGCUAUCGGGAAGCUACCAUUCACAGCAAAGUCCACACUUUUCACCGCAAAACACAAUGUCCGGACCGCAAAGCUUGGGUGACCAUUAUCCCACCACACCAAACACGAGUGAUUCGAGACCUCAUACGCCAGGAUCCGGUAGCGGUGGUGGUGGUGGCAUGAUUAAAUCGAAGAGCUCCUCCAUGGAACGCUGCACGACGCCACAGUCGAGUGAUGAGAAGUUUGCGGUGAAAAAGGUGGAACCGACCAAAACGAUGCCACUCGAUCGUACGAACGAUAUGGUGUACAACGCCACCACUAGUGUGGUAAAAUCCAUCAUGGCGCUCAGCCAGGGUGUGGAUCGUGCGCAAGCGGCAGAAUAUUUGAAUCUGGUGCGAAAUGUUGGGUUUGAGUUGCGCGAUCUGCUAGGUGCGGUCGAUCAGUUAUCGGCUAGCUUCCCAUCACAGCGCUACAAAGAGGUAGAGAUGGCACACAAAGUAUUAUCCAAAGACAUGUAUGAACUAGUUACAGCCAUGCGGCUAGCGCAACAGUACAGCGAAACGACACUAGACGCCGAGUAUCGGAAAAGCAUGCUGUCAGCGGCACAUGUACUUGCGAUGGAUGCCAAAAAUCUGCUCGACGUCGUCGAUUCCAUACGCGUACGAUACCCGAACCUCUUCCCACAGCAACCGAGCGCACCGUCAAGCCCAACGCAAAGGCAACAUGCUGGCGGUGCCGUCUCCUCACACACCUCCACCGUCCAUCCGUCCAAUACAUCCCAACUGUUUGCCCAACAGCAACAGCAACAUUCAUUCGAUCAAUCGCAACUGCUGAUGAUGGGCGAAUGCUAUCAAAACCUUCAACCAAAGCAACCGAUGCUGGCGCACAGUUCUCCGCCCACGUCGCUAACACAUUCCUACGAAACGUCGGCACCGCCCGGUCAGCCGGGGAUGCAUCCCGGGUCAGCAGCCGCCAUUUCAUCGUACCAACAGAGCGGUAUCUACGAUAAUGAGUGUAUUAUCAGCGGCCAGCAGCAACCAAUGGAGGGUGGUGGUAAGCUGAAGAAGCCUGUCAUUGCCGCAAAACCACCGUCGGUUGUGGCGAUGGCUUCGGUGAAGCUAAAACCCGUAGCGUCCGUACCGAUCGACGUACCCGACAACGCCGGCAGUGGUGAGCUGUAUUCCAACGCGUCGUCCCAGAGCCCGAACGGUUCUGGUUCGCUUACCGGUGCGGACAUCAAACUGCCGGAUCCGGUUUCGUGUACGAUUGUGCAGGAAAACUUGCUUGCCGCCAACAAUCAGAAGGUGAUGGCCACGAAUAAGCUAGGCGGUUAGAUGACUCCGGGUUUUGUUUGUCAGUCACAGUUCUUAUACUCAGCUGUUUUUUUGUUUCUGCCCUUUCACGAGACUGGACGCACAGGACCUUGUUCGGGAGCUUGUUUUCGAAAUAAAAAUAGCAAAAUGAUCGGCGAACAAGGCUAGAAGACAAUGGGCGAGGUAGCGUUAGGAUGCAAUUACUGUCAUAUAAUGUACUUGAUGAUGAAUGGAUUGCGCGAUGUAAGAUGAUAGCAUCUCUUAUGGAACUAGGAUGGCUCUAUUACAGAUUAAGCAAAAUGAGGGACAGACAGACAAGCGAUAAAACUAAUCCCGGAAAACGAUGCAAUAGAGAGCGAGAGAGAAAGUGUGUGAAAAGGUAGCAAAGUCAUUGUUUCGCUACUCGUCGGCGAUUCUGCUCGCAUCUAUACUGUGCACCGGACAGUACGCGUGCACCGCUAUGCUAGAUUUAAAGCAUACUUUUAUUUGUAUUGUAUCGUAUUGGCAAAAAGGCAACACUUUGUGUAACUAUCGUGCUCCGGAGAACGGUAAGGUAAAGUUGACCACAAGUUAAUAAGACAAAACUGAAGGUUUUUUGGAAUAAAAAAGGAGAUGGUGUGAUGAACA